AUGGAGUCUCUCCAACUUUCUAUGAAUACCUUGGAGAUAGGUGAGCAUAUGAAGCUUGUCAAAGGGGACACUGGUUCCUCGAAAACAUCGCCAUACGAAAACACCCGCUUGGACGAGGAACUGAUAACGGCACCUCUAUUCUCACUCUCUGCUUGUCAGGUCCUGGACACCGACCGUCUGUAUAGCGAUCAAGCUCUUGAGAGAGACACAUUUCCACAGUAUGGACUGCUUGGUCUGCGUAACCGGUCCAGCAACACACCGACACAAGAUGAUCUUGUGUAUGCAAACGUGUCAGCGCCUUGGUCUGCCUUCAUCUGUGGGAGUCAAGGAAGUGGUAAAAGUCAUACCCUGUCCUGCCUUCUGGAAAAUGCAUUGAUUGCAUCCUCCCCAGCUGGGAAGCUAGCAUCACCUCUGGCUGGACUAGUCAUUCACUAUGACAAUUUCACUGCAUUUUCCAGCACGCAGUUGUGUGAGGCAGCUUAUCUCUACUCCUCAGGCAUUCCUGUCCAAGUUUUGGUCUCCCCGACCAACUACCUUGCCAUGAAAAAGGCAUACAAAACACUGGCAGGCGGUUCCAAAAUGCUGACGGUGAAGCCAUUGUAUCUGCCACAAAAGGAUCUCAACAUCGGCAUGAUGAAGACCUUGAUGGGCAUCGGCAACAAAGCCGAGCAACCUCUUUACAUUGAGGUUGUGAUGAAGAUUCUUCGAGACAUGGCUAUAGCCAACCAGGGGAAAUCCGGAUUCAAUUAUAGUGCGUUCAGAAAUAUUCUGCAACGUGAAACUUUCUUGAAAGGCCAAAUCGGGCCUUUGAAUAUGCGCUUGGAGGUGCUCGAGUCAUUUUUUGAACCUGGAUCUGUGCCUGGUGCAAGUCCCAACAAGUCAAAGCAACACGAUGUUGAUGAUGUCUGGAAAUUUCCUCCGGGCAGUUUGACAAUAGUUGAUUUGAGCUGCCCGUUCGUUGGUCAAGAAGAUGCAUGCGCUCUCUUCAACAUCGCCGUUUCCCUGUUUUUGAAGAACCGCCGAGACACAGGUCGUAUCAUUGCUCUGGAUGAAGCACACAAGUUCAUGACCUCAACGUCGACAGAAGCCGCAGAUCUGACGGAGACACUGCUAUCUGUCGUCCGCCAGCAGCGACAUCUAGCCGCCCGCGUCUUGAUAGCCACACAGGAACCGACUCUUUCACCGUCACUUCUCGAGCUGUGCAAUGUGACUAUUAUCCAUCGCUUCUCGUCGCCAGCUUGGUUCAAGGCAAUAAAGUCACACAUCGCGGGAGCUGGUAUUGAGAAAUCUGAUGCAAACGCCGCGGCCUCGAUCUUUCACAAGAUUGUUCGUUUGCCGACUGGUGAAGCUCUGGUAUUCUGUCCAACAGCGCUGUUGGACAUUGCAAAGCACAAUGCCAAAGAGAAUGAGGAGGCUUCAAGUGUCACCUCUUCCGAUCGGCCAGUUAGUGAAGAAGGCUCGUCCUCUGCAGACAGCACUCGGGCCAAAGAUGAGCCUACUUCGGAUCGCGUUGUCCAGCUCGGAACAGCGUACGCUCGCAUUCGAGUGCGGAAUAGGAUCACUGUCGACGGUGGUCGCAGUGUCCUUGAGCGUUGA